AUGACAGCAGGCUAUAGCAAACCUGAUGGAAUGCCAGGAAUUCCUGCUUGGUCCGAGGAGGAUCAUCUCAAGCUCAUGGCGCAGGCAAAUAUCACGAAGUCGAUUCUCAGCAUUAGCUCCCCUGGAACAUAUCUCGUACCUGGAGAUGAUCACCAGGCUCGGUUUUUAUCCCGCGAGUGCAAUAAGUUUGCAGCUGAUCUAAAGCGACGACACCCAGACCGCUUUGGGUUCUGGGCUGCACUCCCCCUUCCUGAUGUCGAGGGAAGUCUUCUGGAGCUUGCAUAUGCUUUAGAUCAUCUCAAUGCAGAUGGGGUUGCAGUUUUCACGAAUUCUCGUGGCACCUAUUUAGGCGAUGAAAGCCUGGACCCUGUGUUUCAAGAGCUCAACCGCCGCAAUGCGACGGUUUUCGUUCAUCCAACCAGCCCGUGCAUGCCUGAUGGGCAAAGUCCCGCGGCCCCUCUGACCCGGUACCCGAAUCCCAUGUUCGAAUUCUUCUUCGACUCAGCUCGGGCUGUAAUCAAUCUGUUCCUCUCUGAGACUACCGCCAAUUUCACCGACAUCACGUACAUAAUCUCGCAUGCUGGCGGCGCCCUUCCCCCCACUAUUGAGCGUUUUACCAGUUUCGCCUCGUCCAUUCUAGGGCUCCCGUUUGAGAUCAAUUCUGAUGUCGUCAAGGAAGCGUUCGCUCGACAAUUCUAUUUCGAUCUGGCUGGAUUUGCCUUUCCGGAUCAGGUCUACGGUCUACUGCGGUAUGUCGACGCAAGUCGCAUUGUUUAUGGCAGCGAUUAUCCUUAUACCCCUGCGUCAGGGGUUUUGUCAAUCGCGAAUACAAUUAAUGAAAAUAUUGGCGAGGCAUUUCCCAGGCGGAAGGAUCGACAGGCUAUUUUCACUGGAAACGCACAGCGCAUUCUAGCACGGGCCGGCUGA